AUAUGUAUAUAUUGUCAUCAAUCUCCAAAAAAUACUUUAAAAUUCUUUCUGUGUGACAUUUGAUUUGAUCUCAUCUGUCAUCAUUUCUAACAGCAGCUUGUUACAUUUUAAUAGUCAGAGGUUAAACCCACAUCACCAUGAAAUAAACAAACGUUUAAUCUAAAACUCUAUACCGAGACAACAUAAAUCGAGAAUAAAAAAGGGACAUUAACAAUACGGCAGCUGUGGUUCUCAAGAUUGGAUAAAUGUUUUAAUUCAAUGUACCUCGGAAAAGGGAAUACUGAAUUACUUUUAUAAAUAAAAGAUUCCCCGCUUAAUGUUAUUUGUUUUUUUUUUUUUGCUUUUAAUAGUUUUAGAUUUAAUAGAGUUUGAGUUUUCUCAGCAGAAAUCGGCUCAGGGGUUCCCAAUUUCGUGGAACGUUCUUUUGGAAAAGUAGAAAUUUCGAGUUUCUAUGAAGGCAACAUGAAGGCAUUUCCUCGGAAGUCAAAAAUAAAAAUACAAACAUUUUUAUUAUUUUAAAAUAAAUGUACAAAAGUUCAAUACAUUUUAUAACGUUUCCGAGAGCAAAUUAGACAAAUCAAAAAGAAAAGAAAAGAAAUAAACACAUUUGCGUAAUCACGUGUGGAUCCGCGCAUGCGCAGCUCGUUAAGGGCUGAUUGAGCGAUGCUAUCGUCCGCUUGUAGCAUAGCGAAGCUAAAAACCAGCGCAGUUUGCUGCAAAAACCACCGAAUACCAGCGGACUUUCUUCUGUAUGAUGCAAUUUGAUAAAAGGGGCCCGAUGUCUGUAGCGAACGCGAAACACACCGUCCUGAAUCCGGUGAUCCCGUACACUGGACCCAUACCUGGAGGCCUGCAUCCAGGAGAGAUUAUCAUCAUCCAGGGAACUGUUCCCCCAGAUGCCGACAGCUUUCAGGUGGACCUGUCGAGCGGCUGCAGCACCAAACCCCGCUCUGACGUGGCGUUCCACUUGCGCCCUUGCUUCGACGACUACCCCAGCGUGGUGUGUAACUCCCUGCUGCAGGAGAGCUGGGGCGAGAAGGAGACGCUCCACCAGCUGCCGUACAAACGCGGCGCCCCGUUCGAAACCAUCAUCCUGGUGCACAAAGAUGGUUUUAAGGUGGCCGUAAACGGAACUCACCUGCUGGAGUACAAACACAGAGUUUGUCCAAACGUGGUCGACACGUUUUCUAUUUCGGGCGGCGUGAGGGUCCACGCCAUCGGCUACAUCCCAAACUCGGCGAUCUACUCAGAGUCAGGUGACCUGAGCGUUCCCUACAAAGGCAGCAUACUGAAGGGACUGAGCCCAGGUCAGCACAUCACCAUCAGAGGACAGGUCAGCCUGUACCCCCACAGCUUCACCAUAAACCUCUGCAACAGUAAAACCGAGAACAUCGCUCUCCAUCUGAACCCCCGAAUGAAGUCCAGCGUGUUCAUCAGGAACUCCUACCUGGACGAGUCCUGGGGUCAGGAGGAGCGGGAGCUGCUCUACUUUCCCUUCUCAUCCGGGGAAUAUUUUGAGAUUCUGCUCCUCUGUCAGUCCCAUCAGUUCAAGCUGGCGGUAAACGGAUCCCACUUGUUUGAGUUCAGGCACCGGGUGCAGGACCUGAGCAGCAUCGACCAGCUGGAGAUCAUGGGAGACCUGGAGCUCAUCGACGUGAAGCUGUGGUGACUCAGCUGUGGGCCAAGUUAGUUUACCCGGAGUGAGCCAGACGGCCGAUGCUGCACCUGAAAGCAUCAGCGCUGGCUUCAGGUCAGGCUAG